AUGUCACAACUCUGCGUUACACCAAAAUGCCAACGAACAUCGCGAGCUGACUGUGAUUGCUGCAGACAACCUCUUUGUUUGCAGCAUUUAAAUGAGCAUAAUGCAAAAUUAAUGUUACAGUUAAAUCCAUUAACUGAUGAUCUCAAUUCGCUGAAUGUUCGGCUGAAGGCAAUCGAUGUCUUUGAAAUAACUCACAAAGGUCGUCAACAACUUGAACAAUGGCGAAAAGAUUGUCACGAAGAAAUCGACCGUUUAUUUCAAACAAAGUGCCACGAAUUAGAUCGUCUUAUUGCCGAUAGAAAAGCCGAGAACGAAGCAGAAGGCCUGCGUAUAAGAAGCAAGAUUGACCAGCACAUUUCAAAUGAGGAAGUAAUGCAACAAAAUAUUGAUUUAUUAACAUUAGAAAUCGUUCAACUCAAAGCAGCAACUAGUCAAAUCGAACAAACCCAAAUUCAAAUCGAUGUUCGCCCUCUAAUUAUAGACAGUGAUUCAAUUAAAAUCAGAGAAGUAAAUGAACAGGAGAUAGAUCUAAAAAGCAUCUCUCAUACCUACAAAUGUCUGAAGAGUCCCAUUGGAACUUAUAUACCACUGGCUAGUAACAAUGACUUUUUGUUAAUCCAUGAAAAACCGAAUUUAUGUUUGAUUGAUCGAGAAUCUAACAUCGUGAGGCGAACUCUGUGCAACUCUAAUAUGAUCAUGGAUAUGUGCUGGUCAUCAACGUUAGGUCAGUUUAUUGUUAUUGGUAAAGAGCAUAUACUUUUCAUCGAUGCAAAAACUAUGUUCCUCAACCGCGUAAACAAUAGUCAAAACCGAUCGUGGUGCUCGUGUACGUGUUCGCGUAAAUCUUUGUUUUUAUCAACUAAUGAAAAAGGGUCAUCAAUUGUAGAGAUGACAUUGUUACCUUCGAUCGAUAUCGUCAACGAAUGGAAACGUCCUGUUACAUGUGCAGAAAACGAAUUCAUCAAUAGAAUAGCUUUUGAAGAUGACGCACUCGCUAUGGUCGUCAACGAUAGUGGAAAUCUGGUACGAAUCGAGCUUCGAUCGUGCAAAACACUGGAUCGUAUUUGGUCAUUAUCACUGAAUAUUGUACGUACACAGAAAAUGAUAUUUUCCUGCUGCUCACUCAGACUUUCCGAAUGGUUAGUGACAGAUUAUGAAAACAAACGUCUACUGCACAUUACAAAAGAUGGUAAACUAAAAGCAAGCGUAGAAUACGAUGAAAUACCAUGGUGUGCGGAAAUGUUUGGGUCGGACAUCUUAGUGGUACGCGCGGGACGCGAACUCAGAUUUUAUAAAUUUUAG